AUGGGGCUGAUGGUGAAGAAUGUCAACAGUACAUUGCAGUUUUGUCUGACAGUACUCAAAUUUGCUGGGUUUCUGACACCCCCUCAGGAAGGAACAGUUUUGCGUUUUGCGCUAUGGGUCUAUUGUUUUUCGUCUUUCAUGUAUGUAGUGGGUGGUAUCAUAAUAGCCCAAGCAGGGGCUAUGUUUGAAAUAUGGGGUGACAUAGCUCUCAUGAUCAGUGCGUCAUUUCUGCUCUUCACCAACCUGGCUUUUGCCACGAAGAUCAUCAAUGUGGUGGUGAGGUCUAGAGAGAUCCAGGAGAUCAUUGAUGCGGCUGAUGCUGAUCUGUUGGCUGAGGAUAGGAACUUCGGUAUUGAAGUCAUUAAAAGUUGCAAUGCUGAAACAACUAGGAGUAUGUGUCUGUAUACUCUGCUGUCUGGAGUGACGGUGUUCGGCUGGGCAGCCAGUGCCGAGAAGAAUCAACUGCCUCUCAGAGCUUGGUAUCCCUACGAUGCUUCUAAGUCACCUGCAUACGAACUAACAUAUUUCAACCAGAGUUCAUCAGUAACUGCAGCUGCAUUGGUUAACGUGUGCCUGGACACAUUAGUGACGUCAUUGAUAGCAGUUUGCCGUUGUAGGCUGAGACUAGUGGCAUUGUCUCUCAGGACGUUGUGUGAAGGAAUUCCUCUGCCUGACAAGCAACUAAUAUCACCCAAAGACGAGAAGAUAGUACAUACCCGGUUGUCCCAAUGCAUCAUUAAACAUGAAGCCGCUUUGAAGGCUGCCAGACAGAUACAGCGCUGCUUCUCUUUACCCAUACUGGCCCAGUUUGCCGUGUCUGGUGUCAUUAUAUGCGUCACGGCUUAUCAGCUGGCCAUGGAACUAAACAACAGAAAUUGGUUCCGCUCUAUUCCGAUGGUGGCUUACCUGCUUUGCAUGAUAAUGCAAGUGUUUCUCUAUUGCUAUCAAGGAAACCAGCUCCUAGAAGAGAGUUCGGAGAUAGCGGGUGCAGCCUACGAGUGUCCGUGGUACCAGUGUUCAGUGCGUAUGCGUCGCACACUGCUCAUCGUUAUGGUGCGCACACGCCGCGCUCUCAUACUCACUGCUGGCGGCAUCACCACGCUGUCCCUUGCUUGUUUUACCUCGGUUAGUCUGAUAAUAAAGGCUUCGUACACUUUCUUCACAGUACUGAAACAGGUCGAGGACAGGGAUCCAAAAUCGAUUACCUACAAGUUAUUAGCCACCAAACUGCAGGCUGUCACUAUGGGGCUGAUGGUGCAGAAUGAGAAUAGAUCACUGCAGUACUGUCUGACCGUGCUGAAAGUGGCUGGGUUUCUGACACCCCCUCGGGAUGGAAGAAUUCCUCGUUUGACGCGUAGGCUCUAUUGUUUUGGUGUUUUUAUGUUUUUAGUGGGUUGCAUUAUAAUGGCUCAAACGGGAGCCAUGUUCGAAAUAUGGGGAGACCUAGCUCUGAUGACCAGUGCAUCAUUUCUGCUGUUCACCAACCUGGCCUUUGCCACUAAGAUCAUCAAUGUGGUGGUGAGGUGUCGUGAGAUCCAGGAGAUCAUUGAUGAAGGUGACGCUGAUCUGCUGGCUGAAGAUAGGUAUCUGGGUAUUGAAGUUAUUAAAAGUUGCAAUGUUGAAACCUCUUUGAGCAUGGGUUUGUAUACCCUCUUGUCUGGAGUGACGGUGUUCGGCUGGGCGGCCAGUGCCGAGAAGAAUCAACUGCCUCUAAGAGCUUGGUAUCCCUACGAUACUUCUAAGUCACCUGCCUACGAAUUGACAUACAUCGACCAGAGCUCAGCAGUGACUUUAGCAGCACUAGUUAACGUUUGCUUGGAUACUUUGGUGACAUCAUUGAUUGCAGUCUGCCGCUGCAGGCUGAGGCUCGUAGCGUUGUCUCUUAGGACUUUGUGUGAUGGGAUUCCCUUGCCUGACAAGCAACUGAUAUCACCGACAGAAGAAAGGAUAGUACUCACUCGCUUGUCACAGUGCAUCAUAAAGCACGAGGCAGCUUUGAAGGCUGCCAGACAAAUCCAGCGAUGCUUCUCUCUACCCAUACUGGCGCAGUUCGCCGUGUCUGUCGUCAUCAUUUGCGUCACGGCUUAUCAGCUGGCUAUGGAGUUAAACAACAGAAAUUGGUUUAGGUGUAUACCUAUGGUAGCUUACUUGCUUUGCAUGGCUCUUGAAGUGUUUCUGUACUGCUAUCAAGGAAAUGAGCUCCUUGAAGAGAGUUCAGAAAUAGCAGGAGCGGCUUACGAGUGUCCGUGGUAUCACUGUUCAGUUCGCAUGCGUCGUACUCUGCUCAUCGUCAUGGUGCGCACGCGUCGCGCUCUCAGGCUCACUGCCGGUGGCAUCACCACGCUGUCACUCGCUUGUUUUACCUCUAUUAUAAAAGGUUCGUACACCUUCUUUACGGUCUUGCAACAAGCUGAAGACAGGAACCCGAAAUAAACAUGAGAAGAUUUAAUGUACAAAGUAGUUAAUGUAACAG